GCGGAUAAAUGGGAAUAUGUGGACUGGAGGAAGGAAAAACCUUUGGACCGUUUCCUCUGUCACGGGAUAGUCAGGCCACCGUAAAGAAAAACAUCAGAAAGGCAGGACACCAAGCACCAAGGUUUUGCUCUUUACUUUUACAGCAGUUUGGGAAGUAGAACCAGGAGGAUUGCAGAGAAAGCAAAAAGGAGCGAAGAGGGACCUUCAGCUUCUCUUUGGUUUGGAUUUGUUUGCUUUGGCAGUUUUGCUGACGAAUCGAAAUUGAAUUUGCCUGAAAAAUUCAAGUGUAAAGAGGGAGCAUGCAUGGUUAUUAAAUCUCAGUAUUGCUGAGCUCUUGAAAGACAACCUGGUCACAUUUUGAGAACAGGAGACACGUUUUAAAAAAUCUCUUAAAAAUGACAUCUGUGCAUUUUAAUCCCGGGUUGGAUUCCAAAGAUGUUAAUGGGAACGGUGGGAUGGAGGAGGCAGCGGUUCAAAUCGAUGAUGGAAAAGAGGAGAGUGAGGAACUGAACACCAUGUACUACCGUGGUAGGAAAACGAUAGCUCGUUUUGUGAUGUCUUUUGGUUUUCGUGUCUUUGGCCUGGUGCUCAUCCUUGUGGACAUUAUUCUGGUCAUUGUUGACCUUUCACUGUCACCUGAGAGCCGUAAGAGUGUGGGGACUACUUUGGAGGCCAUCUCACUUGUCAUCUCCUUCUUCUUCCUCAUUGAUGUGCUUCUGCGAAUUUAUGUAGAAGGAUUUAAGGUGUACUUCAGUUCCAAGCUGAACAUCAUGGAUGCCUGCAUUGUUCUCAUCACUCUGGUUGUCACUAUGAUCUACACAUUCUCUGACUUCUCAGGAGCAAGCCUUAUUCCCAGGUUAGUGACAUUCCUGAGGUCUUUGAGAAUAAUUAUCCUAGUGCGUAUCUUCCGACUGGCCUCCCAGAAGAAAGAGAUGGAGAAGGUCACUAGAAGAAUGGUAUCAGAGAACAAAAGACGGUACCAAAAGGAUGGAUUUGAUUUGGAUCUCACAUACGUCACAGACAGAGUCAUUGCUAUGUCCUUCCCCUCAUCUGGAAAACAAGCCCUGUACAGGAACCCCAUCCGAGAAGUUGUCCGAUUCCUGGACACUAAACAUCUGGAUCACUACAAAGUUUACAAUCUCUGCAGUGAGAAAGGUUACGAUCCAAAACAUUUCCAUUAUAGAGUAGAACGUGUGAUGAUUGAUGACCAUAACGUGCCAUCAUUAGAGGACAUGCUGAGAUACACCGCCAGUGUUAGGGAGUGGAUGGCUGCAGACUCACGCAACACCAUUGCUAUCCAUUGCAAAGGGGGGAAAGGGCGUACGGGGACAAUGGUGUGCACGUGGCUAAUUGACAGUGAUCAGUUUGAAAGUGCACAGGACAGCCUGGACUUCUUUGGUGAAAGGCGCACGGAUAAAAGCAUGAGCUCAAAAUUCCAGGGUGUCGAAACUCCGUCUCAGAGCCGUUAUGUUGGAUACUAUGAGAUCAUGAAGAACAAAUAUAACCGUCAGCUGCCCCCACCAAAAACCUUGAAAAUCAAGAGUCUGCGCAUUCACUCAAUCGCAGGUGUUGGAAAGGGCAAUGGCAGUGAUCUGAAAGUACGCAUCAUAGUGAAGAAGGAGCAGGUGUUCCAGUGCAUCUGUGCCAAACAGGAGAACUGUGCGCUGUUCCCUGACGUUGGAAACAACACAGUGGUGAUCAGUUUACAGGACGGCCCACUGGUUUGUGGCGAUGUGAAAGUUAUGUUUGAAUCUAGUGCUGGCCUUCCAAAGGGAUAUGAAGACUGUCCAUUUUUCUUCUGGUUCAACACUUCAUUUAUAGAGAACAACAGGCUGUACCUGUCGAGGGAGGAGCUGGACAACCCACACAAAUCCAAGACCUGGGACAUCUAUAAAGAGGACUUUGGUGUGACGGUGUCAUUCAGUGACCCCUGAAGAUAUUUAACACUAACCUCAUUCCUGUACCCCUACUCUGACUAGAAGAAUCGUCACUGAGCCAUACAUAGGAUUUAGGCCAGAAUGUUGUGUUCUGCUUACUCCUUGUUCAAAAAGGGAAAAUGUAAGUCAAAGGGGAAAAGUUUAGAAAAUGGUACAGUAUUUGGCAGAACAGAAGUUUCCAAAAUGUUGUAAUGUUCUCACUGUGUGUACUUGACUGGCAGAAUUAUGAACUUGAAUCGGAUUUGUCUCUCCAGUUUCACAAUGUGUUAUGUUUCAGAUUGAAUUUUGUCUGAGCCAAAAAUUAGGCUCCAGUAUGUAUAAUACACAAAGUUUCACUAAGCAUUGUGGGGUUUCACUGAAGUAGUAAAACUUUACAUUAGGUGUGUACAUGGUGUAAUUCAGCUGACAGUUAACACUCCUUAUCCACUAUGGAAGUGAUACUUAAAUAAAUUAUUGAUUAUCACUGGAGGAGGUAGAGCAUGGGGGAAGGGAUGUUGGAUGUAACAAAGAAAUUAAAGUAACUGAGGAAAUAAAUCCUGCUUCCAGACUUUA